AUGAGAAGACGUUUCACAAGUCAAAAGAACACAAACGCAAAAGCAGAGAUUACGGUUGGUUAUAACGUAAAUGAUGAUAAAUCACGAAUUAUUCAAAAUGUUAAAGUUAAUGUUAGUCCUGAAUUAACAAGGUCAGCAACUCAACCAAAUUUAUUAACUCGUGACUUACCGAAGAAUGAGGAGAAUGAAGAAAACCAUGAGAAUGGAGACCCAAUCAUUUUAUCUGAACCCGGUAAAGAACCUGUUGAAAUCCCCACAUAUCCAACAUACCCAGCACCACUUGAUAACCCAUAUAAAGUAGACAUUAAU